CAGUAAAAACGGUGAAAUUGGAUACCUAGCAAUUUUUCGUUACUUCUUCAGCCCGUCAUUUCUCUCCACCCCUCAUCUCUCUUGCUCCCUGUGUGUCCUUAACGAAAAGCCGUGAAAUUCCUGAAGGUUUACACGUUUGCUUUUAUUGUUUUGGCGUACAAAUUAGUGGAUUUUCUUGGCUACUAAAACCGUUAUAACCUUUAGGCUACGAAUGUAACUGCGCCACUUGUAACAAACGAUCAUUUCAAUCUUAACCACACGUUGGAUAGUCUUGCAGUUCAACGCCCUACUCCGGUUAAAGUGAGCCACAAAUGCAGAAUGAAAGAACUGGGGAAUGAAAAUAAGGGUGGAAAGUAAGGAGGGAGAGGAGGAAGGAGAAUAAAGGGAAACUAGGAAUAUUUUUUUUGCUCAAGGAAGAGAUAGAAAGUUAUGUGGGCACAAUCAUCGUCUCCCACGGGUUGACAGGUCAAGAAGUUUCUACACCCGGGGGAAUUUGAACUGCCCCGUCCUCCCCAGAGCAGUGUGAAAUCUACCCACCCUGGAACUCUCUCCUACUGACACAAGAGAUGGAGGGAGUAAAGGAGAGAGAGAGGGAGCUGGGAGAGGAGAAGGACAGCGACGAGAUGGAGGAAGAGGAGAAAGAGAGCGAGGCUGAAGUGGAAGGUGAUGAAGAGGAGGAAGAUGAAGAUGCAGAGGAAGCAUCGUUGGUGUGGCAGGAGGGCUCGUACGGAGAGGAUGACCUGGGCCUACCCAUAAUGCACUGGGAGGCGCUGAGCCUGCGCAUCGCCGAGCUAGAGAAACAGGAAGAGGAAAAGAGAGAGAAGACAAAGUCUUCCAGUGUCCUGGAACAGGGGAAGAUGCUGUCUAUGAGCCGGCCAGGAGAGAGAGAUCGAGGGAAGAGUAAAGAGAGCUGGGAGGACGGAGGAGAGGCGGAGGACUGCAAUAGCCGCGUGACAGCCCUGACCGCUCGUCUUUCAAAUCAGAUGAACCUCCAGCUGUGCUUCAUCAAUGACAGCGGGAGCGAAGAAGAAGAGGAGGAGGAUUCUGGGGUAACGAUUUGCACAAAGAAUUCCAAAAUGGUGGUAAAGAAUGGUUGCAGCGUGCAGGUGUCCCAGCAGCCCCAGUUCCCAGCUGCAACCAAAAGCAAAUCAUCAGGCUUCAAGGCUGCGCUGAGUGUACUCAAAAACAAGCUGAGAACAGAACAGAAACGGAAGAGCCUAGUGUGUGGUGAUCCACUUUUGAAGAAUAGAAAGCGAGACCAUAGUGACCUGCAGGCCUCCAGUCUCAAAGAACUCAACACUCACAGAAACUCUCUCAGUAAGGCAAUACAAGACCUGAGCACUGAGCUGGUGGUUCACCUCCAGGCUCGAGACCAGCUGAGGACGGAACAGGACGCCAUGCUGCUGGAGGUACAGGAUAUGACAUCACUCUGACCCAGUCCCAGGCAAGAUGGGGGACAGUUUGUGCCGCAGAUUUCGUACUAGAAAUUCCUCUCCAGGGUUCAAUCUCUAUGAGAAUGCCCAUCACUAUAGAAUCGUUCUAAUCAUUCUAAUUCUAUGGUGUCAUCACAUAAAAUGGAAUCCUGGUGUCGGUGAUGUCACAAUUAAUCGAUGACAGAUUAGACGCCGCUUCUUCAAACGAAAGGAUGAGUCAAAUCACUGUGAAGAGACUUCAUCACUCCUAAAGACUGUUUCAUUGAAUUGCACAGCGUUUUGUUUUCUUUUUAUACCCAGUGAGCAAAACUGGUUGAAAUGACAUCAUUACGCCCAGUUUUACAUUCAUUACGUGACAUCAUUACGCCCAGUUUUACAUUCAUUACGUGACAUCACGUCGACCAGUUUUGUUUUCUCUCUGUUUUUUUUUGUUUGUGGGAAAUCAAAUGUGUAUGUCUGGACUGUUAAUGUUUUAGGGGGAAAUAACUGGAAUAUUAUAAGGGAUUACUAAAUGACCAUUGCUUCCCAUGGAUCGAUCUAGGUCUAAUGUCAUUGUCAUCCAAGUGUUGAAAUGUAAUGGUUGUUUGCUAGCACAUUAUUCAAACUAUGCGUUAUAUUACACCAAAUAAAGUUGAUUCUGAUAGCAUUAUAAUCAUCUAACCACUAGGCUACUGGGGCGGCAGGUAGACUAGUGGUUAGAGUGUAGGGGCGGCAGGUAGACUAGUGGUUAGAGUGUAGGGGCGGCAGGUAGACUAGUGGUUAGAGUGUAGGGGCGGCAGGUAGACUAGUGGUUAGAGUGUAGGGGCGGCAGGUAGACUAGUGGUUAGAGUGUAGGGGCGGCAGGUAGCCUAGUGGUUAGAGUGUAGGGGCGGCAGGUAGACUAGUGGUUAGAGUGUAGGGGCGGCAGGUAGACUAGUGGUUAGAGUGUAGGGGCGGCAGGUAGACUAGUGGUUAGAGUGUAGGGGCGGCAGGUAGACUAGUGGUUAGAGUGUAGGGGCGGCAGGUAGACUAGUGGUUAGAGUGUAGGGGCGGCAGGUAGACUAGUGGUUAAAGUGUAGGGGCGGCAGGUAGACUAGUGGUUAGAGUGUAGGGGCGGCAGGUAGACUAGUGGUUAAAGUGUAGGGGCGGCAGGUAGACUAGUGGUUAGAGUGUAGGGGCGGCAGGUAGACUAGUGGUUAGAGUGUAGGGGCGGCAGGUAGACUAGUGGUUAGAGUGUAGGGGCGGCAGGUAGCCUAGUGGUUAGAGUGUAGGGGCGGCAGGUAGACUAGUGGUUAGAGUGUAGGGGCGGCAGGUAGACUAGUGGUUAGAGUGUAGGGGCGGCAGGUAGCCUAGUGGUUAGAGUGUAGGGGCGGCAGGUAGACUAGUGGUUAGAGUGUAGGGGCGGCAGGUAGACUAGUGGUUAGAGUGUAGCGGCGGCAGGUAGUCUAGCGGUUAGUCUGUAGGGGCGGCAGGUAGACUAGUGGUUAGAGUGUAGGGGUGGCAGGUAGUCUAGUGGUUAGAGUGUAGGGGCGACAGGUAGCCUAGCGGUUAGUCUGUAGGGGCGGCAGGUAGACUAGUGGUUAGAGUGUAGGGGCGGCAGGUAGACUAGUGGUUAGAGUGUAGGGGCGACAGGUAGCCUAGCGGUUAGUCUGUAGGGGCGGCAGGUAGACUAGUGGUUAGAGUGUAGGGGCGGCAGGUAGACUAGUGGUGAGAGUGUAGGGGCGGCAGGUAGCCUAGUGGUGAGAGUGUAGGGGCGGCAGGUAGCCUAGUGGUUAGAGUGUAGGGGCUGACAGGUAGUCUAGUGGUGAGAGUGUAGGGGCGGCAGGUAGCCUAGUGGUUAGAGUGUAGGGGCGGCAGGUAGACUAGUGGUUAGAGUGUAGGGGCAGCAGGUAGACUAGUGGUUAGAGUGUAGCGGCGGCAGGUAGUCUAGCGGUUAGUCUGUAGGGGCGGCAGGUAGACUAGUGGUUAGAGUGUAGGGGUGGCAGGUAGUCUAGUGGUUAGAGUGUAGGGGCGACAGGUAGCCUAGCGGUUAGUCUGUAGGGGCGGCAGGUAGACUAGUGGUGAGAGUGUAGGGGCGGCAGGUAGCCUAGUGGUGAGAGUGUAGGGGCGACAGGUAGCCUAGCGGUUAGUCUGUAGGGGCGGCAGGUAGACUAGUGGUUAGAGUGUAGGGGCGGCAGGUAGACUAGUGGUGAGAGUGUAGGGGCGGCAGGUAGCCUAGUGGUGAGAGUGUAGGGGCGGCAGGUAGCCUAGUGGUUAGAGUGUAGGGGCUGACAGGUAGUCUAGUGGUGAGAGUGUAGGGGCGGCAGGUAGCCUAGUGGUGAGAGUGUAGGGGUGGCAGGUAGCCUAGUGGUGAGAGUGUAGGGGCUGACAGGUAGUCUAGUGGUGAGAGUGUAGGGGCGGCAGGUAGCCUAGUGGUGAGAGUGUAGGGGCGGCAGGUAGCCUAGUGGUGAGAGUGUAGGGGCUGACAGGUAGUCUAGUGGUGAGAGUGUAGGGGCGGCAGGUAGCCUAGUGGUUAGAGUGUAGGGGCUGACAGGUAGUCUAGUGGUGAGAGUGUAGGGGCGGCAGGUAGCCUAGUGGUGAGAGUGUAGGGGCGGCAGGUAGCCUAGUGGUGAGAGUGUAGGGGCGGCAGGUAGACAAGUGGUUAGAGCGUUGGGCCAGUAUCUGAAAGGUUGCAAGAUCAAAUCCUAGAGCUGACAAGGUAAAAAUCUGUCAUUUUGCCCCUGAACAAGGCAGUUAAUCCACUGUUCCCAGGCCAUAAUUGUAAAUAAUAAUUUGUUCUUAACUGACUUGCCUGGUUAAAUAAAAUAAUAAUAAUGAGUGUUAUGAUGUAGAGUUCAAACAAAGUGUUACCGGUUAGUUUUUAUUCUUGUUGUUUGGACACGUUGAGAUGAAUGUUGUCGGUAAACAUUUCAUUCAGUUCUG